AUGGACUGGAUCCACUGCAAUAAAUGCUACCUGAAACCAUCCAGUAACAUCCGCUUCAGCAUCUCCAACUGCAAACACAUAGUCUGUCACAAAUGCAUCGAACAAGAUAAAUGCAGCGUCUGUGGAAUGGCCUGCAAACACUUGGCACUGACAGACAAUAUUGCAGAUCAUGAGAAAAUGUACUUCAAAAAGCCGUCCGAGAUCUGCCGCAAAUACCUGGAGCACAUCGCACAGGUGACAAGGUUCCAGAGGAAGCAGACUGAGCUACUCCUUUCCUUCUACAAGCACAAGAUUUCUAAAAUGGAGGCUGCCCUGCAGGAGGCGCAGUGCAAAAUAAGAUUGCAAGAGAAGGAGACGGCAGCGCUGAAGGGCCAAGUGGACAACAUGAAAAAGCUGCUGUCUGUGGCAAAGAUACCACCUCAUGACCUCCAGCUUCGAAGGUCCAAUAACACUCGACCAAUUGCCAUCACUUCUCCCUCAAGCAGAGUCACACCGAAACAGACACCUCAGAGUAUUGGGUCGUACAGCGGAAACACUGCCUCCAGCAGCAGGCCGGAGUCAGUGGGACAGAUGUCUGGGAACAGUGUAUCUAGGUCGGGUGGUCUGCUGACACCCAGAGGAAGCUCCAUCGCCUCCGGGAGGAGCACGCCGAGAGACGCGAUCAUGGGCUCACCUUCUGCAGAGUCUGGAGACAGCUUGUCCCACAGAUUGUGGAGGGGAGAGCGGUUUGCGAAGAUGGUUUGCAGUCGAGGAGAGAAGCAUUCCAGGGUGAGCCUGGGACGCCAGCAGUUUCAACAGACGAGAGAAGUUCAACGAACAUGCAGCCAAACCAGUUUGUCUGGAGAGAAAACGAUUAUAAAGAGAGCGAGGGUACAAGCGGAAAUAGACGGGGCUCAGAAGUGGAACAGCAGCCAGGGAUUGGCAUCAAGAACCCCGACUCUGCUGACUGUCCCAGUGAGUGGAGGGCAGGACUCCUCGGAGGGAUACAACCUCAGAGAUGGCGGCCUUCCCCCAUCUCACCGCACGAGGCAUGUCCCGUUGGCGGCUUACGUCAAUCCUCUGACUCUCGUCGGACUGAGCGACAGCCAUCGCGCUCCCUUGGUGAACAGCGAACCUCGACGUCCGAUUCAGUUGAUUACCACACCGCGGAACACCACCUUCCGACAGCCUUCCAUGCAUCGGCCAAUUGCCCACAAACCUACGUCAACACUGCGUCAAAUGCUAUCAAAGACGCCAUACCGACAGUAAACAGGACUGACGUGAUGUACAGAAUCUCAUGCAGCGAGUGCAAUAAAAAUUACAUUGGACAAACGGGGAGGAAACUGAUGACCAGGAUACACGAACACCAACCGGCAAUAAAAA